UCCAGAAAAUGAUCAUCUACUUGGAAGUUUAAGUAAACCACAAGGUCCGCUGCCCACCACAACACGCCCAUUUCCUCUCUCUCCUUUUUCUCUUUCUCCUCAUCCUCUGCAAAAUCAAAACCAGAAAUCAGGAAUCGAAGCCCUAGAAUUUCUCUCGAUAUUCAUCAGUACAAGUAUGGUGAAGAUUAACAAAUUUAUCUUGUCUUUAGCAGUUAGUAUUAUUGCAGUAAUAGCAUCGUGGAAUCCGAGUGCCGUGACUGCAAAUUCUGAAGGGGACGCGCUCUAUUCGCUUCGCCGGAGUCUAUUCGACCCCGAUAACGUUCUUCAGAGCUGGGAUCCGAAUCUUGUAAACCCCUGUACUUGGUUUCAUGUCACCUGCAACCAAGAUAACCAUGUCACGCGCGUGGACCUCGGCAACUCAAAUUUGUCUGGCCAUCUAGUGCCUGAUUUGGGGAAGCUUGAACAUCUGCAGUAUCUAGAGCUUUACAAAAAUAAUAUCCAAGGGUCAAUCCCUGUUGAGCUUGGUAACUUGAGGAGCCUAAUUAGUUUGGACUUAUACAACAAUAAUCUCACAGGUGUCGUUCCUCAUUCAUUGGGAAAGUUGAAGUCUCUUGUAUUCUUGCGCCUGAAUGAUAACCACUUAACCGGGCCAAUUCCAAGGUCACUUGCUGGAAUUUCUUCCCUGAAAGUUGUGGAUGUCUCAAAUAAUGAUUUGUGCGGCACAAUUCCUACCAGUGGUCCAUUUGAGCACAUACCAUUAAACAACUUUGAGAACAAUCCUCGUCUUGAAGGUCCAGAACUGCAAGGGCUCGCAAGUUACGACACAAACUGCUCGUAGGAUAACUAUUAGAUACAACAGGCUACAAUGGCUCUUUGAGGUUUAUAUGUUGUGUUUGUAUCUUAACAGUGUCCUGUUGGUGUGUUGUGCCUUAAAAUGCUUGGACAUGUAAUAUUUGCAGACUAUCUUUGUAGACUGGCAUUUAAGUUACCGAAAUCUGUAUGAUCAGUGUACUUCUAGCACUGUAAAAUGUAUCUUCCUGUCUUUUAUUUAGUCAUGUGGAGUCCUUGAAGAAAUGAUGAUAGAAAUUCUGUGAACGUGAAAUGUUGUCAAUCAGAUCUUACACGUGCUAGUGGCAUCUUA